AUGAGUGAAGAACGGUGGGUCUCCCUCACGCCGGAAGAAUUUGACCAACUCCAGAAAUAUUCAGAGUAUUCUUCCAAGAAGAUAAAGGAUGUCUUGGCUGAAUUUAAUGAAGGUGGAAGCCUCAAACAAUAUGACCCACAUGAGCCAAUUAGCUACGAUGUCUUCAAGCUGUUCAUGAGGGCAUACUUGGAGGUGGACCUUCCUCAGCCAUUGAACACGCACCUCUUCCUGGCCUUCAGCCAGAAGCCCAGACAGGAGACCCCUGACCACCCAAUGGAGGGGGCCAGCAACAAGGCCAGUGGCCCAGAUACCAACAUACAGAAUGUGGAUAAUGCUGCCAAAGCAGAUGAGGCCUGUGCCCCUGAUACAGAAUUGAAGAUCACUGAGAAGCAAGAGCCAGCUAAAGACCAAAUGGCUGCAGCCCUCCUGGGAAACCCUGUUGCUCCAUCUCCAGGCUCGGAAUCCCCCAUAGUGUACCUGAAGGAUGUUGUGUGUUACCUGUCCCUGCUGGAGACGGGGAGACCUCAGGAUAAGCUGGAAUUCAUGUUUCGUCUCUAUGAUUCGGAUGAGAACGGUCUCCUGGACCAAGCGGAAAUGGAUCGUAUUGUCAACCAGAUGCUUCACAUUGCCCAGUAUCUGGAGUGGGAUCCCACGGAGCUGAGGCCUAUACUGAAGGAGAUGUUGCAGGGGAUGGACUAUGACCGGGACGGCUUUGUGUCUCUAGAGGAAUGGGUCCAUGGAGGGAUGACCACCAUCCCACUGCUGGUCCUGCUGGGCAUGGACGACUCUGGCUCCAAGGGGGAUGGGAGGCACGCCUGGACCAUGAAGCACUUCAAGAAGCCCACCUACUGCAACUUCUGCCACAUCAUGCUGAUGGGCGUUCGGAAGCAAGGCCUCUGCUGCAUCUACUGCAAGUACACUGUCCAUGAACGCUGUGUCUCCAAAAACAUUCCUGGAUGUGUCAAAACAUACUCAAAAACCAAAAGGGGUGGUGAGGUGAUGCAGCACGCGUGGGUGGAAGGGAACUCUUCUGUCAAGUGUGACCGGUGCCACAAAAGUAUCAAGUGCUACCAGAGCGUCACCGCGCGGCACUGCGUGUGGUGUCGGAUGACGUUUCACCGCAAAUGUGAAUUAUCAACGUUGUGUGAUGGUGGGGAACUCAGAGACCAUAUUUUGCUGCCCACUUCAAUAUGCCCUGUGACCCGGGACAGGCAAGGUGGGAAGUCUGAUGGCAGUGUGUCAGCCAAGACUGAACUUGUGAUGCAGUAUAAGAUCAUUCCCACCCCGGGUACCCACCCCCUGCUGGUCUUGGUGAACCCCAAGAGUGGAGGGAGACAAGGAGAAAGAAUUCUUCGGAAAUUCCACUAUCUGCUCAACCCCAAACAAGUUUUCAACCUGGACAAUGGGGGGCCUACCCCAGGGUUGAACUUUUUCCGUGAUACUCCAGACUUCCGUGUUCUGGCCUGCGGAGGAGAUGGGACAGUUGGCUGGAUUUUGGAUUGCAUUGAUAAGGCCAACUUCUCGAAGCAUCCACCGGUGGCAGUCCUGCCUCUUGGAACAGGAAAUGACCUGGCCCGCUGUCUCCGCUGGGGAGGAGGUUAUGAAGGGGGCAGCUUGACAAAAAUCCUGAAGGACAUCGAGCAGAGCCCCUUGGUGAUGCUAGACCGCUGGCAUCUGGAAGUCAUCCCCAGAGAGGAGGUGGAGAAUGGGGACCAAGUCCCGUACAACAUCAUGAACAACUAUUUCUCCAUUGGUGUGGAUGCUUCCAUUGCACACAGAUUCCACGUGAUGAGAGAAAAACACCCUGAAAAAUUCAACAGCAGGAUGAAGAACAAGCUGUGGUACUUUGAAUUUGGCACCUCAGAGACCUUUGCCGCCACCUGUAAGAAGCUCCACGACCACAUAGAGUUGGAGUGUGACGGGGUUGGGGUGGACCUGAGCAACAUCUUUCUUGAAGGCAUUGCCAUUCUCAACAUUCCCAGCAUGUACGGGGGCACCAAUCUCUGGGGAGAAACCAAGAAGAACCGGGCUGUGAUCCGGGAAAGCAGAAAAGUCGUCACUGACCCCAAGGAACUGAAAUUCUGCGUGCAAGACCUCAGUGACCAGCUCCUUGAAGUGGUGGGGCUAGAGGGAGCCAUGGAGAUGGGGCAGAUCUACACUGGCCUGAAGAGUGCGGGCAGGAGGCUAGCCCAGUGCUCCUCUGUCACCAUCAGGACAAACAAGCUGCUGCCAAUGCAAGUGGACGGGGAGCCCUGGAUGCAGCCCCCUUGCACGAUUAAAAUUACUCACAAGAAUCAAGCGCCUAUGAUGAUGGGCCCUCCCCAGAAGAGCAGCUUCUUUUCACUGAGGAGGAAGAGCCGUUCAAAAGACUAAACAAUACGCCAAAUGCCAGUUAAACCAAGAGAGAAAACAAGAGACUGUAACACACACAAACACACACACACACACGCACACACAUGCACACAGGCACACUCAUCUCUAACCAGUGGAAGCAAAGCCACCCAUCAGGAAGAAAUCUUCAUCUUGCCCUACAUUCUCUCUGCUUCAACAAUGGACACACCCCAACAGAGCCAGCACCAUCAGAAAAUUCUGAAUGGACUUAGGGCCCACCAGGGUGUGGUUGGCUCAUACGGCAACCUCCACAUUCCCAGAAGGCCAUGAGUGGGACUUUCUG